UAUUUGUCAAUUAUUAAAAUUAUUAAAAUAUUGAAAAAUGAUAUUGAAUUCCGCGUUUUUAACUUUCGAGAGAUACUGCAUACGUUUUUCUUUACAUAAUUUGUGAAAAUAGAAAACUCACAAUUAUUAUUGACAAAGUGGAUACCUCUUACUACACGUUAUUAACGAUUGACACAAGUGAUAAAUCUGUGAAAUGACAUUGAGAUUCAUCAAGAUAAAUCCAAGCUGGAGGCUGCAAAUGACCUUAGUAAAUGUUUUACAUUACUGUGUCAUAUCCUGUGGCUGUUUGAACGGAAAAUCGCUAAACCAUUGACGAUGUCAAUGACCAAACAUAUAUUUAACGUAUGUUUAGCACAUCACUUAUUUACAGUAAUAAGGGCCAGUUUUUACAACCUCUUGGUAAGCUAACCAAUAGUUAAAUUAUAUGUCUAUGGGCCGGUUGUUCCAACCUCUCGAUAAGUUAGCUAAUAGUUAAUUUAUAUGUCUUUGUUUUUCCUUCAAUUAGACAAAGAUAGACAUAUAAUUUAAUUAUUAGUUAACUUACCUAAUCAAGAGGUUGGAAAAACCGGCUGUAGCUUUUUUUAGUUUAAAGGAAAAACGAAGACAUACAUGUGAUUUAACUAUUAGUUAACUUGCCAAGAGGUUGAAACAACCUGCUCUGCGUCGUGUAAAUAAAUUGCUACACAAUUUGCAAAUUUUGCAUUAGGCAGAAGAAAGUGUCUUUUGCAAUUUUCUUGUUGACAUCGUAAUUAAAUCUAUUAUUGCCAUUGUUAUAUUGCCUGGCCUUCCAGAGGCUCGUUCACUUCGUAUGAUAUAUCGCAUAAAAAUAUUUUCGCUAUAAAUAACCACAGCGAACAAUUCCACUGUUUUCCAUAUUUCUCUGAAGAGAUAGACGUAAUCUGUGCGGUACAAAUUACUGUUUUAGCAUAAAUUAUUCUCAAGGGGAUUUUUAUACGUUUGAAUACAUUUGACAUUCUCUUUUUUUUAAGAUUCUGAGUUUAUCCGAGCGAUUUAUUUUUGGAAUUACAACAAUCCCAUUGUGUUCGUCUUAGAAUACUUUCAUUUACAUUGCGUUUUGUAACCAAGUCCCAAUUCAUCGAUGCCGACCGAAAAGUAAACACGAACACAACAAGAUACCAUGACAGACUCUUAGCCUUGGCCACAUCCAACGCAUCUUUUUGCUUUCAUUGCUCCUCAAUCCGACCUGCGUCCAGCGAAGCAGCCAAUGUUUUAGGAAGGAAUGAGCGAUCGAGGUGGGAGGCAAGCUAUAAAGACUUGGCGGCCGAUCAGGAUAGAAACCAGAUAUCGUCAUGAGGCAGUAUCGGGCGAUCGGCCUUUUGGCCUUAUUAUUCGCAGCAUGUAUCCAAGCACGAGAAAUCGAAUUAUUGCGUUUGAGGCGUUACAGUGGAGGUGGUGGUUACUCCUCCAGCAGCGCUAGCAGUUCGGCCAGCGCAAGUGCUUUUGGCGAUGGUAGCAGCUUCUCCAAAACCAAUUCUCAGGCUAUCGGCAGCGCUUCAGCAGGCGCACAAUCCUCGGCUCUGACAAAUGGUGGAUAUGGGGGCGGCGGUCAUGGCGGUUACGGAGGCGGUGGCAGCGAUGGUUACGGUGGCGGUGGCGGUGGCCAUGGUGGACUCGGGGGUGGCGGUGGCGGUGGCCACGGUGGUCUCGGGGGCGGCGGUGGCCAUGGUGGACUCGGGGGCGGCGGUGGCCAUGGUGGACUCGGGGACGGUGGUAGCCAUGGUGGACUCGGAGGCGGCAGUGGUCAUGGUGGCGGUGGUGACUUUGGCGGUGGUGGCGGCCACGGCGGUUUCGGGGGCGGUAGCGGCGGCGGACACGGUGGUGGUGGCGGUGGCGGUGGCCACGGCGGAUACGGGGGCGGCGGUACCAAUGGAGGACUCGGAAGUGGCGGUGGACACGGUGGAUACGGAGGUGGCGGUACCCAUGGAGGACUCGGAAGUGGCGGUGGACACGGUGGAUACGGAGGUGGCGGCGGGGAUGGCCACGGCGGAUUCGGAGGCGGUACCGGCGGUGGACACGGCGGCGGUGGCCACGGCGGAUACGGGGGCGGCGGUACCCAUGGUGGAUACGGCGAUGGUGGAUACGGAGGUGGUGGACACGGAGGUGGCGGACACGGAGGUGGCGGUGGAUACGGAGGCGGCGGACACGGAAGUGGCGGUGGAUUCGGAGGCGGCGGACACAAAGGCGGUGGCGGUGGAUACGGACUCGGGGGCUAUCCCGGUGAUGGUGGUGGAGUUAGUAAAGUUAGUGGAGGCUUAGGAGAUGGUCAUGGUGGAGGUGGAGGUGGUCAUGGUGGGUCUGGCGGCGGCGGCUACAGUGGAGGUAGCGCCGGCGCUGGCAGUUAUGGAGGAGGUGGCUCCGGAGGCCACGGUGGUGGCCUCGGAGGCUAUGGUGGUGGUGCUGGUGGUGGUCCUCAUGCAGGUGGUUACGGAGAUGGUCAUGGUGGAGGUGCCGGCGGCGGUCAUGGAGGUGGUAGUGGAGGAGGAUUUGGCGGAGGUGGUCCUGGCGGGCUUGGCGGUGGACACGGGGGAGGUUUAGGUGGACAUGGAGGAGGUUUAAGCGGUGGAUACGGCGAACAUGGAGGAUCAAGUGGAGGGCUUGGCGGUGGACAUGGCGGUGGACAUGGCGGAAGCGGAGGUGGAUGUGCUGGUGGAGCAUGUGGUAUCGGCGGUGGCGGUGCCAAUGCCCACGCUAGUGCAAGCGCGAAUGCCAAUGCCGGAAGUGGAACUCACACAGGUCUUGGCGGUCAUGGGCCGGGAGUAGAUCUAUUCUCCCGCAUCGGUGAAGCCGAUGAAGGCGCGAGCCAAAGCGGUACCGUCGACGGUGCCAAAGGAGUUUACAGCAGCAGCGCGGUGAACGUAGACGAUACCGGUAAAGGUACUUAUUCCGUUAAAGCCGGUAAAAUCCCGGCGUAAAUCACGUUUAACACUUUCACUUCGGAAAUUGGUUGUUGCUUCACUAGAGAUCUUCUCGACCGAAGAUGCAUAACUGUGAUUACAAAUCUAUUUCGACUUUACAUAAACGUAAUACAACAAAUCAAGGUCUACAGUUUAUUUAUUUCCUAAUCGCCAAGCGUGAUGUGACGUCUAAAAUAAAUCCAUGGAAUUAUAUAACA